UGCCUUUAGCUCCCCAGAAGUUGUACAUCAUAAGGCUUGGUACAGGCAUCUUUAAUUAAACAUCAGUGAUGUCACAUUCUGUUAAGUUUUUUCAUGGUUGUAAGAUAGUUUAAUAUACUCCAGUGUCAGGUAUCAAGACUAUGAUCUCAUUCUGUGUGUUGACUUCAGCUUGUGUUCUCAUUUGGGAUGCUUACGAUUUCUGUCAGUAACCAGUGAUUUUUUUCUAUGCAGUGUUUGGAUUGGAAGCUUAGAAACUGUCUCAUGAUGCAUCUGUGCUCUGCGAUUUGACUGGAAAAAACCCCACCAAAACACAAAACAAAAUGAGUGAUGGUUUGUUUUGUGGAGAAAUUACUUAGUUACAUUGUGGAUUGAAGUGGCGAGUUUCUUGUUUUAGAAACAUGGAGUGGAAAAUGCUACUUUAUAAAUUAUUUGUAAGUGUGUAAGAAAGGAAAGUGUUUUAAAGAGAAUUUAUUGAUGCAUUUGCCAUGGAAACUUUAUUUUUCUGUAGGAAAGAGUUUUAUUUGAAUAUUUAAGUGAAUAACCAUGAGGUCUCAAAAAUUUAUAUGUGCUUUGCUUAUGUGUAUUUGCCUUGUGUUGGAACAUCCAGCAAUGGCAGGGGCUAGAAGGAGACGUCCUAAACACAGAAAGCCCGUCUUUGUGCCAUAUUUAUUUUCACUGUUUUCUAAAAAUGGUGACUUCAAAUUGAAUAGGGAAAAGUCGACUCUAGCCCCAGACAGAUCAUCAGCGGAUUAUACGACCCCCACUGGAACUUUGAACACAACAUCAUUAUCAAGGGUUAAGACCUUGUCACCAAAUGAUGUUAGUACCAAAUCAAACUUGUCCCGAGACAGUGUCAUUCUGUCAAAUUCUACAUUGCUGUCUGUGAUAUUUCUACGGAAUUCCUCUCUAUCUAACAAUAUUCCAACAACUUUCCCAGUGACAACUACAAGUUAUGUGACAACAGAGGAAGAUAGAAAAUCAAACAGAUCUGCAACAUUUAUAGAGGAUGAAGUUUCACUUAAGAUGAGAAGCAAAGAUAUGUCAGAUGUACAGAAUACAACUGAGAAACCAAGUGAUGCAAUUACCAAAUUAGAUGAUAGAAAUGAAAAAGACAGUGAAAUAUUCACUUCUGUUCAGCAGACAACAAUUCAAAGCACAUCUGAGCCAAAAGAGAGAGAACAGAUUUUAACAACUUUAAAUGAUGAAAAAUUAAAAAAUGAUGAUGAUGAUGAUAAUUUAGUUUUGAAAAGUUCUGUGCAAAAUGUAACAAAGUCAUUCGAUAAAUCCUAUAAAUUGACAACAAAUAGUGUGACAGAACAAAAUAAGACAGAAACAGCAACAACAUUAUCAACACCAACUACAAUAGCACAGGAAACAGUAUUGACAACAAAAUCAGUAUUGGCAACAAAAUCAGUAUUGACAACAAAUUCGGAAAUAUCCAUGACAAAAGGAAAAUUGUAUGCAACAACAAUUGCACCAUUUCUAGAUGUUAAAGGAAUCAGAAUUCUAAGAACAAAACUAAAUGAAAAUGAUCUUGUGAUCCAGAAUGCCAAUGAUGAAGGUGUUCAAGGUUAUAGAGCAGGGUACCUGUGGAAUAGAUGGACUCACAAAUGGUGGCGAUCAAGAGGAAUUAAUACCAUUCUCAUAUGGAAGAAAUAAAACGCUGAUGUAGAAACACACUCAAGCACGAAGAAAACCAAGUAUUGUAAACUUAGGACCAACAAAUUUGGAUUUUAUACCAUUAUUGUUGAACCUUGAAGAGCCUUUGCUAUAAAAAGAGUGUGACAUUGACACAAGAACAAGAAUCACGACACCCACUUUUCUCUGUCUCAAAAGAAGGCAUACAUUCUAUAGUUACUGCAUACAAAAAUGAGUCGAAUCAGGCUUUUAAACAAAGCUACUCCUACCCCAAGACACCCAAAGAUGUAAAGAUGACAUGAUGAUAUAUGAACAUAACUAUUUCGUAGGUGUUGCAAUUUUUGAAAGUUUUGUGAUUAGCAUACAACACUAUAAAUUCAAAAUACUGUGACAGACUGUGCAUGUGAAGUACAUCCAAAAGUCAAGAGCUUGCACGAAUAAAAAUGAAUAAUU